AUGACGGUCAAAGAGAUCAGUCAGGCCCCCUUCUCAAUCAAGAAAUACAUCAGCCCUACAUCAGAAUCGCCAUCCCACCAUCUCCUCGACAUGCAAAUGGUGUACGCACUAGAAAAGCUUGGCACAAAGGUGAAAUGGCCACAAAAGAUGAAGUCCGACCCAAGUACUCAAAAGUCAAAUGUCCUCUGUGAAUUUCACCAGGAGUGGGGUCAUAAAACUGAGGACUGCAUAGCUCUACGGCAAGAGGUAGUAAACAUGCUGAAUCAAGGGCACCUGAGGGAACUGAUGAGCGACCAUGGACGAGCCAACUUCGGCCGCAGACAUGAACAACACCAGGGACCUCUAAAGCCACCUUCCCCUGCCCGUACCAUCCAAAUGAUCAUUAACGGAGGCGAUGAAGUAGCGUUCUACCAUGUGAAGUUCACCACCACACACAAACUGAAGCGGUCAAUCACUCACAAAUGGUAUGACGACCUCGGAGACAGUAUCAUCUUUGAUAAGUCAGAUACCGAUGGUUUGACUUUACCUCACUUCGAUGCUCUUGUAUUACUUUACGUAUUUCAGAUACUGAUGUGA